AGGUAAGGUUCAUGUGUAUGAAACGGCAAAGGGAAAUAUAGUACUUGACAAAAUGGGGGAUGGUGAUUGGGUGAUCGAGUUAGUCGAUCGUGGGGAGGGAUAGGUAUGUAGGGAUGUUGACUUACAGACAGGAAUAAGCCUCUCUUGCACCCCUUUUUCUUCUUAUCCUGCUCCUGUUUUGUCGAUUUGGAUUUGGAUUUGGAUUUCUGGACUCGGGAGGGAAAUCGAAGGAUUUAUCUGUGAGAGAAGACUCGAUCGAGAAAGUGUCCAGGUGGUCAUGCCACUUUUAUACUCUAAACUUUGACAUCUGAUUUCGCACGAGCUUUCAAUAUUUUUGAGAGGGCCUGGGAGGUUCCCUUUCAAUGUGUUUACCACCGUACCACGGCUUACCCCGCGAUAUUGGUGUAUGUCUGGCGCUUGUGAUUCGCUGGGAUGGGAGUGGGGCUGUCAGGGGCGUUGAUGAGAUCAUCGAUCCCUCGCUUUUGUUUCGUCGCUUUUCCUUUGGGGAGUGUCGUGUGCUUACAACUCUGUCUCGUGCCGAUGGUGGACUUGCAUGAUCGAUGAGGGGUGCUAUCUAUAUCGGUCGGUUAUGAUGGCUGUAGGUAGAUGUGAGAGGGUAUAUGUAUUGAGUCGUCUCCCCAAAGAUUGUCUAUUGGUACCAUUAGUGAUCAGUCUACAUCCACAAGACUUUCAAGAAACAAAUACAAACUCAUUCUAUCACUCUCUCCCAAUAACCAUCAAAAUGAACAACAACGGAGCCAGCGCUGUCAGCGGAGGAACUGGAGCUAUGUCUACACCAGCCAACAACGUCGGUGGUAAUAGAAGAGUAAGUCCUCACUUCCCCACUCUCCCUGUCCUCGUCCAAAGGCAUUCCAUCUAACAUUUUUUUCCUAUAGGGUUCUGCGGGAUCUCAAAACUCCCUCUUCUCAGGUCUCAUGAACCAAAAGAGAAACAGUACAGACGAAGCCGCAAACGCCAGACGGAUGAGUUUCAAUGAGCAAAAGCCCGCGCCAGGGUUCAUUGGCAAGAUGUGGAACAAGUAAGUCAUCCAUCCAUACUAUAUCCUUUUUAAGGAAGAGCGCAAAACACCCUUCAAGAACUUGAGCUAACAAUAUUCCCACAGUUUUGUGACGGGACAGCCUAAUGGCAAAUAAAUGGGCAGCUUUUUCUGAUGGUGGAUAUGUUUUCGAGAAAAGUCGACGAUGGCAUAGCAUAGUUUAUAGACGAUGGAUGCGGUUUCAAAGUGAUGGAACUGCGAGGGAUGCAUUGUUUGUAAUAUAGCACGAUAUGGGCGUUAUAUAACAUGUCGUGGGCAAAAUCCGAUAUAUUUUUUUUGACUUGAGAAAUUGUGAUAGACAGAUAUG